CCCACUGCCACGCCAGAGGCUGCCGAUAGCCAAGCUUCCCAGGCCGAAGCCGUCUUCCAUUGGCUGGGUCUUCGCCUAAUAUAACGCGACUCUGUUGCUCUCCUCCGGAUACCGGGCGUCGGCCGGCGAUUCAACUCUGGAACCAAGACAAAAAAUGUACCAGUCGCUCAUCGAGAUGGAUGAAGAUUUCAGUCCAUUCCCGCACCUCGCUCGGGAAGCAGCGAUGCCGAAUCGUUGUGGAAGCGUUGCUCCAAUUUAGGGUCUCCAUAUCAGCCAAGACCCCACGGUCACCAUGUGCCGGAGUGCCGCAAAAGAUUGGCAGCAAUCAUAAUCAUCCACUUUGCCAGAAUUCUCGUCUUUUACGCUCACGACGACGGCUGGCUGUGUCUGUCCCCCUUCUUCUUCUUCCCGCUUCCCCCUCCCCUCCCUUCCCUCUCCCUCCCUACCCGGGAUUGUACCGAUGUCGGGCAUCACCCCUUUCCGAUGCGCGUACGCGUAUCUUUCGCUUCUCAUCACGCUUCUCGCGGAGAUCACACGUGUGCGGUCCUCCGCCGCAUUCACGCAGUACGCGAAUGACUUUGUCGACCCGAAGUUCGCGACGGGCCAUUACGGGGCGGCGCUUGCUGGAUCACAGCAGACGAUCAUGGCGUGGGCGGACGAGAUGGAUUCGUAUUCACCUUGGAGCGUGACAUUCAAGCCGGUAACCGCUCCGAGUGGGAACAAGCAUGACUAUAUGAGCUGGGCUCCGUAUCAGUGGCCGGAUUGUUCCAGCGUCAAAAAUAGCACAGUUCUCACGCCGCAGCAAGUCUGGAAGACAUGCCCCUACGUGUUUCGAGACGGCCUCGUCAACCCCGACAGGACGACUAUCAACGACUUCCAGUCAUUCUUCAAUCUAUCAGACGGCGUCUUGUACAGCGCGCUGGCGCACACGUUUCAGAACCAGUCCUCGUCGAGGUAUUCGCGGAACAUCGCCAAAUACAUCGAUGCCUGGUUCUUGAACAACUCGACAUUCAUGAAUCCCAACUUGAAUUAUGCCCAGAUGUUGCGGGGGCCGCGCGGCCAACACGGCGAAUAUACGGGGAUUCUUGAUCUCCGAGGCUUUGCAAAGAUAGCAUCCGGUAUCUUGAUCCUCCGCAACUCCAAAAGCGCCGACUGGACACCGGCGAUGGACCGGCAAUUCGUCAGUUGGUGCGGGAACUACAUCAACUGGUUGCAGACAGCCCCCACCGCCAAGAUCGCCGCUGCGGCGAAAAACAAUCACGGAACGUUCUAUGCUAAUCAGCUAAGUGCAUUGAAGCUGAUAGUCAACGAUAUUGCUGGGGCUACUACCGUGGGGCGCGCAUAUUUUGGAGGGGUGUACAAGACACAGAUUGCGUCGAACGGGGAUCAGCCCCUGGAAGGCACACGGACACGGCCGUACCACUACCGAAAUUUCAAUAUUGCGGGCAUGAUCACCAACGCACGGCUGCUCAAGUACGCUGACCCAACAUCCAACUGCUGGAAUACCACCGCCCAGGGCGGCGCGACGAUCCAGAGCGCCGUCAAUUUUCUAAUGACAACGAACCCCAACGCGACGAACGAGAACAACGUCACCGCAGAGCUCUACCCGAACAUUGCUGCCGUCGCGUCCGUUUACGGUGAUCCGACAGGCAAAUACGUCGGGUUUUUGAAGAGCACCGGGUUCCCGUACACAGACGAUGCGGAUUUCCUGUGGGAUCAGCCGUUGGUCGUAUCCUCGUCCUCAAGCUCGAACUCUGGCUCGAAGACGGCUCCAAGCGGGAUGUCGGGAAGCCUUCCAAACGAGGCUGCUGUGUUGUAUUCGAAGCCGGUUCUCGCCUUGUUAUCUGCCGUGCUGAUUGUGCUUCUGCUGUAGCUAUCGUAUCGUAUCGUAUCGUAUCGUAUCGUAUAUACAUCGAGUGUAAACUCUGGACUAUAUUCGGACUGGAGGAGAUUUGCGGCGAG